AUGGCCCCCAAGAGAGUUCUCGUCGAGAGGCAGGGCCGCCGCGCCGCCGCGCCCAAGGGCUACAUUGCCUCUACCUACGACACCCUGACCUCUCCCGAGAACGCCUCCGUCGUCCGCAGCAUUGCCGUCUUUGGCGCCGCUGUCGCUAUCCUUUCAAGCUCCUUUAGCGAAUAUCUUUUGCCUCCGUAG